AUGGCGACAAAAGAACAGCCCAAGAUCAAGCUCUACUGGCUCAACGACUCCCGCUCCCAAAACACCCUCUGGCUCCUCGAAGAACUGAACCUGCAGUACGAGACCGAGGUCUUCCGCCGCGCCCCCAACAUGCUCGCGCCCCCCGAGCUCGCGAAAGCGCACCCCCUUGGCAAGGCCCCGAUCCUCGAAAUCACCCCGGUCAGCCGCGCGGGCGAGGAGCAGCAGCAGCCCAUCACGCUCGCCGAGAGCGGGUACAUCACGCAGUACCUCGUCGACCACUUCGGGCAGAACAAGCCGUCGCUGGUGCCGCAGCGGUGGAAGGAGGGCCGCGAGGGCGAGGUCGGCGGCGAGACGGUCGCGUUCGCGAGGUUCCAGUAUCUACUGCACUACGUCGAGGGGAGUUUCUUCUCUAAUCUCGUGCAGUAUCUGCUCAUCAGCGCCCUGAAAUCAAAUAACGUCCCCUUCCUCGUACGCCCCAUCACCUCCCUCGUCGCGAACAAGAUCUUCAGCCUCGUCGUCCUCCCCGACGCCAAGAAGCACCUCGCCCUCCUCGACUCCUUCCUCAAGACCGCCCCCGGCACCACCGACGGCGACGGCUACCUCUGCGGCCCGGAGCUCAGCGCGGCGGACGUGCUGAUCAGCUUCGGCAUCACGUUGGCCGAUCAAAUGGGCGCGUACGACGCCAUGGGAUCCUGGGAGGGCGGAUCGUCGCGGGCGGCGUACCCGGUCUUGUUUGCGUAUGUUGAUCGGCUGAAGAAGGAACCUGGGUAUAUCAGGGCGAGGGAGAAGGCGAAGGAGAUCGAGGGGAGAAAAUGA